ACAUUUAUCUGUAUCUUCGCAUGCAAACUCAAAUUACUGGUUGUAGCCCAGCACAGAGCCGAGAAAGUAAUCUCAGGUUGAAAACAAAAUGGAGUUGUUAGCCAGAGCACUCUUUCUUGCACUGCUGCUCUGCUCCAGUGCCCAAAGCCAAAUGACUACAACAUCUGCAGACUGUGCUGCUGUGGAAACGGAUGCAGGAGUGGCCCUGGACUUGAUCAAUAAGCACCGCAGAGACGGCUAUCUUUUUAGUCUGUUUCGGGUGACUGAUGCCCAUGAGCAACAUACCGGGAAUUCGUCAUUCCUGUACUUAACUUUGGAUGUACUGGAAACUACGUGCUCUGUUUUAUCUGGGAAACACUGGGAAUCUUGUACAUUUCCCGAUCUCUAUUCAUUGGUCUUUGGGCAAUGUAAAGUUAUCAUGUAUACAAACAAGGAGUUCAAGAAAAAUUGGCUCUAUGGGUACAACUGCACUACGAGUUCAGUUCCUUACAAGUUAACCGAGUGCAAAGACUGCCCGGUACGACCUGAAUUUUUAGAAGAUGUUGAGGCAUACAGAGGGGAAGCUGAGCGAGCCUUGGUGAAAUACAAUGAUGAGAGCAACCACACUAAGUACUUCAAGGUGGAUAAAGUGGAAAAAGCAAUAAGACUGACUGCAGAUCGUCGAGGACAUAUCAUCGAAUUCAGCAUAAAAGAGACCAGAUGUUCCAAGUCCACAUCCCAUGUGACUGUAUCUGAAUGUGAUUUUCUAGAUGACGCACAUGCUCAUGUAGGAUUCUGUGAAACAAGGCUGUUGGUCAUCACAGAAGGUCCUGAGGCCAUCGAUAUAUCCUGUGAAAUCUAUGACACCCUGCUUGACAGAUGCCCCUUCCUCCACGACCACCACCACUGCUAUGGCCAUGGAUGCAGACAUCCCCCUGCAGGUCCAUCACAGAGACAUCAUCAUCAGCACCAUCAUUUUGGCCGUGGACAUCAUCACAGACAUGUACACCAUCCUAGAUGCCCACCACCUCCAGGUGGUAAUCAGAUCCAUUCAGAAGGACCUGAGCAUCACCACAAUUCCUCUGAAGAAGGACCUGGAUGCAGACAUCCCCCUGUACGUCCAUCACAGAGACAUCAUCAUCAGCACUAUCAUUUUGGCCGUGGACAUCAUCACAGACAUGUACACCAUCCUAAAUGCCCACCACCUCCAGGUGGUAAUCAGAUCCAAUCAGAAGGACCUGAGCAUCACCACAAUUCCUCUGAAGAAGGACCUGGAUGCAGACAUCCCCCUGUAGGUCCAUCACAGAGACAUCAUCAUAAACACCAACAUUCUGGCCGUGGACAUCAUCACAGACAUGUACACCAACCUAGAUGCCCGCCACCUCCAGGUGGUAGUCAGAUCCACCCAGAAGGACCUGAGCAUCUCCACAAUUCCUCUGAAGAAGAAGGCCAUCACCAACACAGCCCUGGAGGACUACCUCCUCCACUACCUCCCCAUGGACCGCAUGCACUUCCACCACCUCCAGGUGAAGUGACUCCCCCUCCUGUAGGUCCUUAUUUUCCUCCUCCACCACAUGAUACACCACUUCAUCCACCCCUGGAGCCCCCUCCUCAUGCCCAGGAGAGGCACUCAAAAGAACAUGUUUUCUCCCCCAUACCAGGAUCUGUCCAUCGCAUUCCAGUCUUAAAUGAGCAAGAUUCCCUCCUGCCACCCAUCAUAAACUUUCCUGAGCUUUCAACAAGGCCCCAUGAUCCAUUAGGCAGAGACCAGGAGUCCUCCUUGCUUGACAGAAGUCCAAAUAAGAAGCCAUCUCCUCUAGAUUUUCCACUGCACCUUUCACAAUCAACAUCUUGCCCAGGAAAACCCAAGUAUGAUAAACCCCUGCUUUUGUCUUUAUUUCCACCUCGACUUUCCAAGUAAAUGACUUCACCCUUAACUGAUAGGAUUAUUCUGAGCCCUUAGUUGCUGUAAACUGACAUAACCCUAAUGAGAUGUUAUACUUUUUUCUGUCUACAAAUAGGUGGCUUAGGGUGCCCACAUUUCCAAGUCUCAAAAUGGAACAACCGGAAAAUGUUGGGGAGCAGGAGGGGAUUACCUAAGUGCUUCCUUUUCAAAGGUCCUCCUGAAGCAUUAUGCCCCCUUUCCUCCCCCCUCUAGCAUACCCAGCUGACUCCAGGCUCCUCUCUCAGUGGUGCACAGUGGAGGGUGAGAGGGCAGAAGCAUUUUAAAGUGAUCCAGCUGAGGGCACAGGGCCGGGGAGCAGCUGCACAUCUGAAUAGGUGCUUCUACACAUGUUAUUAAUGUGAAGCAAUAAAAUCCAGCACAACUUGCACCAGAGUUUACUGCUCCUGGGAACAAAGUUUGCACAUGUGCCCAGUGCUAUAGCACACUGAGCCCUGGCACGGGGCACCAGAGGUCAGCCUGCCAUCCUGGGACUACUCCGACUUAGCUCAACGUGCUGUGGAGGGACUGGCUGGGGCACAAGGGUGCUACACUGUGGGUCUAGCCAUUAGGCAGCCUCCACACUGUAGCACUCUCAUGCCCCAGCCAGCCCCAUCACUGUCUACAUGUGUAUCAUAGUGGAGUAUAUAACUCCACCAUAGGAUAGUUUCAUAGUUGUUAGGGGCUGGGACCUCACAGAUCAUCGGGUCCAGCCUCCCUACACUUGGGUAGGAAACACCUCUGGGAUCAGAUGACCCCAGCAAGAUGGGCGUCAAGACAUUUUUUGAAGAUCACCAGGAUGGGUGACUGCCCCACCUCUGGGGGGAGCUUGUUCUUGACUUGCAAACAAGAUUUUCCUUAUAUCUAGCCUGAAGCAAUCCUCAAUCAUCCUGUGCUCAUUAUUUCUUGUACUCCCCUGGUGAGCCUUGGUGAACAAAUGCUCCCCCAGCCCCUGAUGUACAUCCCUAAUAUACUUAUGGGCUGCCACCAAGUCCCCUCUGAGUCUUCUCUUCUCCAGGCUGAACAGUCCCAAGUCCCUCAGCCUUUCCUCGUAUCACCUCAUUUCUAGGCCUCUAAUCAUGUGUGUGGCCCUCCUUUGGACUCUCUCAAGUUUGUCCACAUCCUUCCUGAAGUGCGGUGCCCAGAACUGGAUGCAGAACUCCAGCUGCGGUCUCACCAAGGCCGAGUAGAGAGGGCAGAUGACAUCCUUAGUCUUGCUCAAGAUGGCUCGUUAGAUGCAUGCCAGUGUUUGAUUAGCUCUACCAGCUAUGGCAUUGCAUUGGUGGCUUAUGUUCAUUUUGCUGCCUAUCACAACACCCAGGUCUUGUUUAAAUGUGGUGCUAGCAAGUGUAGCACUGCUGAGCCUGUAAGUGUGUUGUGGAUUAUUUCUCUCCAGAUGAAGCACUUUACAUUUUUUCAUAUUAAACAACAUCAGGUUGAGGUCCACCCACCUCGCGAGCCUGGCCAGCUUGGCCUGUAUUGCCAGCCUGUCUUCAAGUGUGAUCACACUCUCCCAUAGUUUGGUGUCAUCAGCGAACUUUGCUAGUAUGCUUUUAAUACCCGAAUCCAAACCGUUGAUGAACAUGUUGAAAAACACUGGCCUGAGUACUGAACCCAGAUUUGGUAAAUGGUGAACUACUCUCUUAGAGGGUCACAACCUGUAAUGGCAGAAUCCUCUGAGUUAGCUAAUCCCCUCCUUUCCUCUUUCCAAAUUCCCCCAAAGGUUAACGUUGUAUAGACACACUGGGUCAUGGAGAAAAGCAGUCUGUACAGGUUUCAGGAAAGAAAUGGGGGGACUUGGACAGGAAUCUGCAGAGUCCUGGUACAGCUGACGAACAGUAACAAUAGUAAAAAAUGUAUGGGUAUGGCUGUUAGGUGGUGGAGACAGUGUGCAACCAGAUUAGUUGAGCAGACCAUACAGAAGACUAAGGAGACAAAAGAAGCUGCACAGACCAUAGAGCACUGGAAAUCACGGGCUAGAUCAUCAGGCUCAAAGGGCAGUAAUCAGUGGCUCGUUGGCAACUGGUAUGAAGAGGAGUGACCCAGGGGUCAGUCCUGGAGCCGGUUUUGUUCAAUAUCUUCAUAAAUAACCCGGAUGAUGGCACAGAGCGCACCCUCAGCAAGUGUGCACAUGAUACCAAGCUGGGGGGAGAAGUAGAUACGCUGGAGGCUAGGGCUAUAAUACUUGUGUCAUGCAGUAGUCCCUAUGGUGGAGUUAACUAGUCUACUCUGGCCUAACAGCACUGCACAUGUAGACAGUGAUGAUUUACUGUGGAGCUAAUUCGUCAGGUCCACAGUAAAGCAUUUCGUGUGGAUGUGCCCAGUGAUACAGAAUCUGAGCAGUACUGAAUAAUUCUGUUUUUGAAGUGCUACAAAUUCCUGCAGGGUUUGAAUCAUUUCAAAUGCGCAUCUAAACAUGCCCGAAGAAGUUUAUGGAGGUUUCUGAAAAUGGGAAAACAGCAUUCAUUUGAGAAAGUGAACCCUGGAAUAGAGACAAAAAAUAUCCUCACAAUGAACAUUACACUCUAGUUUUGUUAAUUUUCUCAUAUUUCAUAGUGAACGUUCUAGCACGUGCCUCUCUACAUGGCUAUACUGUUGGUGAUUAAUGUAGUCAUUCCAAAUCCAUGCUAAUAAAGAUCCACACAUCA